AUCCCCCUUUACUCGUAACUUACACGGAUUGCUACUGACUUAUUCCCCCGCACUCGUAUUUUAUUCUAAUUCUAAUUCUAAUUCUCCUCCCCAUUAGUUUUUUUUUUCUCCAUUCAUAUCUCUACACAGCGUCCGCCGUCCUCUUCCACCACCACUCCAAUUCUUAUACUUACAAACAUCCUUAAAAACAUGCCUAUAAUAUUCUUCAUUUUAACCAAUUUCCUGUAAAAAAAAACUUAUUAUUAAUCUUAUGGGGUUUUUGAUACUGGUGUUUGUUAUCAUUUUUUUGUUAAUAUUUAUAAGAUUAUUUUUAUAUCGAACGACUUUGAUAUACUGGGUUAAGAAAUGGGGACAUUGGAUUGAAGACCGAAUUCAUGUCCAUCAAUCUUUAAAAGUCCCAGAACUCACAGAAAACAAUCAGGAAAACUUAUUCUACAGGAAAAUACAUACAUACCUGAAUUCUCUAUCGACAAUUGAAGAUUCCGAUUUCACAAAUUUGAUCUCCGGGAAGAAACAAAACGGUGUCGUUUUGUGUCUCGAUGAUAAUCAAAUCAUUCAGGACACCUUUCUCGGCGCCCGUCUUUCCUGGACGAACAAAGUCGAUAAUAUCAAUCAGAAGAAGACAUUUAUUCUCAAGUUGAAGAAAAAAGACAAAAGGCGUAUUUUACAGUCUUAUAUUCAACAUAUUCACAGAGCAUGUGAAGAUAUUGAAACAAGAUGUAAAGAGAUUAGGCUAUACAUGAACACCACGACGUCGUCGUAUCGCUGGAAAUCCGUUCCGUUAUCGCAUCCGGCGACUCUGGAAACAAUAGCGAUGGAUUCGGAUCUGAAGAAAAAAGUUAAAUCCGAUUUAGAAUCCUUUCUCAAAUCCAAACAGUAUUAUCACAGAUUAGGCCGUGUUUGGAAACGGAGUUAUCUGUUGUACGGACCGUCAGGAACCGGCAAAUCAAGUUUCAUCGCAGCGAUUGCCAAACACUUGUCUUACAAUAUUUACGAUAUCGAUUUAUCGAAAGUCGUAACCGAUUCUGAUUUGAAAAUGCUUUUGUUACAAACAACAAGCAAGUCGAUAAUAGUCGUUGAAGAUUUGGAUCGGUUUAUUACGUCAUCAUCAUCGAAUUUAUCGUUGUCCGGAAUUCUGAAUUUCAUGGACGGAAUAUUGAAUUCGUGUUGCGGCGAUGAGAAAUUGAUGGUUUUCACGAUGAAUAGUAAGGAAAAAAUCGAUCCGUCGGUGUUACGUCCCGGAAGAAUCGACGUCCAUUUAUAUUUUCCGUUGAUAAAUUUUAAUUCCUUUAAAACGUUAGCUAGUAAUUGUUUAGGUGUAAAGGAUCAUAAGCUGUUUCCGCAAGUUGAAGAGAUUUUACUCACCGGAGCCACCAUGAGUCCCGCGGAGAUGAGUGAGAUUAUGAUAAGUAAUCGUGGAUCGCCUGGCCGAGCUUUGCGGUCGGUUAUAACAGCUUUGCAAAUUACUGGUAAAAACGGAAUGCGGGUGGUUCAAAACGACGGCGUUUUGGGGAAUGAGGAUACGCAGACGUCUAAUGGUAAUAAUAAUAUGUUUAUGAUGGAUGGGAAUUGCAGUGUGCCUGUUGUGAAAGAGAUUCAGAAAUUGUAUGGAUUGUUGAGGAUGAAAAGUGGUAAAAAAGUUGGCCCCUCGGAUCAGUUUUCCGGGUCGUUGGAUCGAUCAAGAUGAUCAAGGUUUACGAUUAGGGUAGGUUUUAUUUUUUUUUUAUCUAUGUAAAUUGCAGAAAUCGUUCAUGUGUUCACUAAAAUUCGUAAAAAGAAAAUGAACGCAUGAACGAUUUUUGUACUUUAGCGGGGAUAACCUGUUAUGCAUUUUUCGCUAUUUAGGUACAAAAAUGAUUUUGUUAUUUUUAUGUUUUUAAGUUAAUAUUUUUAUUUGGGAAAAAGUUACAUGCACCCUGAAAUUAUACUGUUACAUACUGUAGUAAUGUUUUAGUUACGUUUGUAUGUUUGGGUGCCAAUUGAUGUAGGAUUGAAUGAAUAUUUAUAUCUUUUGUAUAUAUGGAUGUUUUUUAUUGGGAUUGAAAAUAAUUUGAGAUUCGAA